AUGGGUGAGCAUGUGACCGAAACACGACAACGACACUCGUCGAGGGUUUCGAUUGGAUCGACCAGUCGUUUGUCGUUCAACGGAUCGAUUCGUUUAAAUGAUUUGCUGAAUGAGGAAAGUGAUGAAUAUGGAUUCAAUUCGGUGGAAACGGCUGAAGAAGCGGAAGAAAUUGAGGAAAAAAGGGAUGCACGACAAAAAGGGAUAAAGUUCCGCGAAUCUUCGACGGAGAAGACGGGCAUCGAAAUCUCGGACAGCGAUUCGGCUGUCAUCGAGAGGGCAUCGAUUGGUUCAAAUCACUCAACAGAAAGCUCGAGCGUACCGAAAGAGCAAAGCAAGCUCGGGCAAUUGAUCGAUAAGGCGAAGAAGAAAUUGGGCGAGAAGAAAAAAGAGCCAACACCCGAUCUAAUCGAUGAGGCUUCACAGUGUGUUCUACUGGAGGUGACGACUGAAACGCAACGGGCACCCACUCCGAAGCCUGAGCUGGAAUCAUCAUCGGAUCCCUUCGCCGUCUCAUCACUCGGUCGUCAUUGUCGAUCGAUGCCUUUCUUUCAUCAGCGACUCUUCUUUUUGGGUAUCCUCAUCGCGAUCACUUGCGCUUUUCCAGGUUUUUUGACGGGUCUUCUUUGGGGAAUCUACAUAUCUUUCAUCGGUUUUCUCUACUUUUUUGUCUCCGAUCCGCAUCCAAAAAAACAUCGAGAUCCCGUUGUUGAGGAAUUUUCCGAUGUCGAGAUCGCUGAAGAGGCACAUGAGGCGCUGGACACAAGUGGACUAGGGGAAGGGGUUGUUUACAAGGGUUGGCUAAACGAGUUGCGGUCGCGGUACCAUCCGGCCAGCUAUCACGUCAACAACACGCAAUCGGUGCUCGUGAGAUUGGAGAACUCAACUCUCCGCAUCUCGAGACCGGCGAAAUCUGUGCUGAAGCACGCUUUUCACACGGAUCCAACUCUCACUCAGCCAAUGCCCACAAUGACCGCUCAAACGAUUUAUGAUCUUACCGAUGCAAAGAUUUCCCUGCGUCCGCGUCGUUUGGCGGCUCGUCGCUGGUGGUCGCGGAAAUAUCCGAUUCAGAUUCGUUUCUCGCAUCGCGGAUCCGCGCUGGCCGAAGUCGAUUUGAUGAGAACCGGGAUGAGCAGAUCAGCAUCAAUGCAUCAGAACGCGAAUUCGAGGAACGAGCUUCCACUCCCGCCCGGCACUCUUUCAGAGAUCUUUCCAGCCUCAGCCCUCGAAGAUUCAACAUAUGACGCUGAAUCGGACUCGAGCUCGGAUGAAAGCGAAAUCCAAUCCUCAUCCGCUGCGGUUCUUCGCUCGAGUUCGGCCGGUGAUUUGAGCGAAUUCUCGUCGAAAUCGAAGGGAUGUAGCAAUAAAAAUAAGGGUCGCUCGAUCUACUUGUUCUUCCGAGCUGCACGCGAAAAAGAGCGAUGGUUUCAUUUACUACGCGAAGCUUGCAGUAAAGCACGAAAGGUUGGCAGUGUGCCGGGCGGGUUGAACACUUUGGAAGAGGAGCCAUCAUCGACGACCACCGGACUAGAGCACGAGUUCAUGCUCUACAAAAUCAAUCACAUUCAGUUUGCGAAACAACUUCUCGGAGUGAUGGUCGGUCCGAUGACUUCACCAGAACCCGGCUCAACUGUUUCCGUUGAUCUUGGUAGCAUGAAAUGGCGCCAAUCGACCCCAGAAAACAACUCGGAAUUAGUCUCCUCCGUUCAUGCAAUCGCCUCGCGAAUCUUCUUCGACUUUUGUCGAGACAAAUAUUGGAGUAAAUGUGUGAAAGAGAAGAUUCAGGCAAAGAUCUCAACUGUGCAUUUACCGUAUUUCAUCGAAAAGUUGGAGUUAAGCGAGUUGGAUUUGGGCACGAAUACACCAUCAAUCGUCGGUGUUUACUCACCGAAAAUGGACGAAUGGGGAUUGUGGGUGGAUUUCGAGCUCCGAUACAAGGGUAGCAUUCGGCUGGUUUUGCAAACGUCGGUGAAUCUCUUGAAGCUGCACAGUGGACAUCAGCAAGUCGAGACAGCGAGAAAGGUGUCUCGAUGGACAGAUUCUGUGCGCGUCUCUAAUCACUCGGAUCCGGAUCUCCCCGAGUCUCCGGAAAGCAGUCCCGAUGAGGAUUUCGGAUCGAACAAUGCGGAAAUUUCAACCAAAGAGCGAACCGGGAAGAAAAUCCUUUCGAUCGUUGAGCGCGCCGCGCAAAGUUCACUUGUGCAAAAAGUGGUCAAGUUGAAGAAAGUGGAAAAGCUGAUGAAAGAAGUCUCGUCGACUCCAUUGAUCCUCAAUGUUUCGGUUGAGGUUGUUGAGGGGACGAUGACCAUCAAUUUGCCUCCACCGCCAUCAGAUCGAUUGUGGUAUGCUUUCCGUAAACCACCAACACUCAACAUCAAAGCCGUGCCACAAGUCGGUGAUCGAUCGGUUGACAUGACGACUGUAUCGGAUUGGAUUGAGGCAAAGCUGAGACUGCUUGUUGAGAAGAAUUUGGUUUGCCCAAACAUGGACGAUAUCAUUUUGCCGGUGAUGUCUGGGAAUGCUCUUCUCCAUAUGGGAUACAAUAAA